AUUUUAUGAUGAUGAUAUAUUGAUUGAUAUCCAUCCUCACUUCAGAUCCCCUCUUCGUCUUCUUCUUCUUCCAUCUUCUUCUUUCGUCCGUAUGAAAUUCGGCAAGGAAUUUCGAACCCAUCUUGAGGAAACACUUCCGGAUUGGAAAGACAAGUUUCUAUGUUACAAGCCUCUGAAAAAGCUUCUCAAACAACACAUCCCCGCCGUUGACGAAGCUCCGGAUGAACUUGGACGCCGUCCUAAUCAACUUCCGCCUCCUUUAGCUGAUCUCGAGGUAUUGUUCGUCAGGAUCCUUGACGAAGAACUCGACAAGUUAAAUGAUUUCUACGUUGACAAAGAGGAAGAGUUCAUCAUCCGUCUUCAGGAGUUGAAAGAGAGAAUUGAACGUGCCAGGGAGACUAGCAACAAACCUGGUGGGACGACCUCAUCCGAUAAUGAAUUCAGUGAGGAGAUGAUGGGUAUCCGUACAGAUUUCGUUGCGAUUCAUGGUGAAAUGGUGCUUCUCAAGAACUACAGCUCACUUAAUUUUGCAGGUUUAGUUAAGAUCUUGAAGAAAUAUGACAAAAGAACAGGGGGUUUACUCAGGCUACCAUUUACACAGCUUGUUCUUGAUCAGCCAUUCUUCACAACAGAACCUUUGACUAGGUUAGUCCGUGAAUGUGAAGCCAAUCUGGAACUCCUCUUUCCAAUCCAAGCAGAAGUUGUGGAAUCUAAUCAUUCCAAUGUUGUGCCAAAUGUUUCGGUUUCUUCUUCUUCUACUUCUUCACUUGGUGAAGGAACAAUGGACAUUUACAGGAGCACAGUUGCUGCAAUCAGAACCAUACAAGGUCUUAAAAAGGCUAGCUCUACCUCUAAUCCGUUGUCGUUUGGUGCAAUUUUUGGCAGCAACCAAGAUAACGAUAGCAUGGGUGCCCUGACUGCUGAAAAUUCACCAACCGAUCAACAUAAGCAGGAAACUGACCAAGUUGAUGAAGAUGAUAAUGAUGAUGAUGAUGAUGAGCAGUAGAGAUAAGUUUUGUUUUUGUUUUUAUAGUUGUUGGACAUGAAUGAAAUGAGGGAUGAUGGAAAAUGGGCAAAUGCUCAACCAAGUGAAUGAGUAGACUUUUUUCAAUAAUAUUUUUCAAAUUGUUAUUAAUACAUUCACACAAAACCAAGAAAAGGAAUCCAAAUUACACAACACACAACACCAACCCAAAGGUUUAAACAACAUGAAAUCAGACUAUCACAAUAUAAGAGCAUAAAAAGCUAGAAGAUGAUGAAUCGUCCUCUUUAUUUAGUAAUACUUGUUGAUGGAGACUUUGGCACGACUAAGGAAUUUGAUCAUUUGAGGUGUAGCCUAGUACCCAGAUCUACAUCCUCUUUUAGGGGUACCCAAUUUCUGAAUCAAAGUGUGUUCGGUAAUAUGACGAUGAAGGUAGGUUGAAUUUCUGGUGGAACUUCCGAGUCAGAGUCAGGAAAGGCAUUCUGUUCGGGGCGCCCAGAUUCUGAGUUAUUGUCAGGGAAAACAUUUUGUUGAGGGUGUUGAAUAUCAGAGUUGGGGAAGACAUUCUGUUUUGGGGUACUAAAGUCGGGGAAGACAUUCUGUUUGGGAGUACUAAAGUCG